AUUGAGACGGAGAAGGGCUCGGUCUGGCGUCCCUUCCCAGCUUCCCUAGUCCUCACUGAAGGCGACGGGGGGCGGUUGUUCUGGGGGUGGGGAACUUUGUAUCGCUUGGUCCUCGUGGGCUGGCAGAAUCACAAGGGGCUCUGCCGCCUCGCGGACCUCGACCAUUCAGUGGCCAGGCGAGGGCUGCCGGAGAGGCGCAAACUCAGUGAAACCCUCCAAAGUCUCUGCUGUUCAUUUGUCUAUGGGCGCCACGGCUAGCCUCUUUUAAAAAUAAAUGUAUAGACUCUCUCGGGUAGUCGCCCCCUCUUUUGUCUCUGGGGCUAGAUUCCACACGCGCUUGCUUGCAAGCCCCACUGAGCCCACGACUUACUCCAGAGAAAACUUACGUGGACUUUAUACCCAAAUGAAGGGCUCUAAGAAGUCUGUAUAAGACAUUUUCAUGUCUGAUUACUGGAGGUUUAUCUUGUGCAAAGAAACUGGGAGUUGCAAUUGCUUUGCAAAUGAAAGCCAGUCUAAUGAAGGGAAAGAAGACACAGACCAUCGUGUUGUGGUGUCGGACAUCAUUCGGCUUGUUCAAGAUAAGGAGAGAGAGCUGGCAAUACAGCCAGAUGAAAUCAUGCAUCAAGAUGUUGUCCCCCUAUGUGCAACAGAUAUUGAGGAUCAGCUAAGGAAGAAGUUCGCCUAUCUAUCCGGUGGGCGAGGGAAAGAUGGCUGCCCCGUCAUUACUUUUCCAGAAUAUUCAGCUUUCAGCGAAAUUCCAGAAAAGGAUUUUCAGAGUGUUCUGACAUACCUCACUAAUAUCCCCAGUGCUCAAGAUGCUGGAAUUGGAUUUAUACUUGUUAUAGACCGCAGGCAAGACAAAUGGACCUCAGUGCAAGCCUCUAUACUACGAAUUGCGGCAUCAUUUCCAGGGAACUUGCAGCUAGUUCUGGUAUUGCGCCCAACAGGAUUCUUACACAAAACUCUACUGGAUAUUGCAUUCCGAUUCCAUAGAGAUGAGUAUAAGAUGAAGAUCAUAAUGCUGAGCUCACUAGCAGAAUUAAAUAGCUACAUUGACAGAACACAGCUCACAGAGGAUCUUGGUGGGACGCUGGAUUAUUGCCACAACAGGUGGCUGUCUCAUCGCACUGCUAUAGAAAACUUUGCUCUAAUGGUUAAGCAAACAGCUCAAGCACUUCGAUCCUUUGGAACUGAGCUGGCUGAAACAGAGCUACCAAAUGAUGUCCAGUCAACCAGUUCCCUCCUUGCAGUGCACACUGAAAGAAAGGACAAAAUGAAGGAGGAUCUCAGGAUAGCGUUAAUACAAGGCAAUGACAUUCUCAAAAGUAUUAAAAAACCAGUUCUUGAAAACCCAGAAUACAAAAUGAAUCCAGAUCAACUUGAAAAUCAAAUCACUGUGGAAAGGCUUCUAGCUCAGCUAGAUGAAACAGAAACAGCCUUUGAUGAUUUUUGGUCUAAACACCAACAGAAGCUUGAGCAAUGCUUACAACUUAGGCAUUUUGAAUUGCAUUACAAGGAGGUUAAAGCAGCACUAAAUAUUGCAUCUGAGAGGCUAUCUAGUUUCACAGAAGUGGGAAAUAGCUGUUCACAUGUGGAACACAUUCUAAAAGAACUUUCCCAUUUUGAAGAAAAGCUGCAUGAAGUUUUAGAAAAGGCGAAUAUGCUAAUUUCUGAAGGUGGAGAUUUAAUACAAAACAAUCAUUAUGCUGUGGACUCUAUUUUCCCAAAGUGCAAUGAACUUCAACAGCACUGUGAAAUGCUUACUGUUGAAAGGAACAACAAAAGUGCUCUCCUGAACCAGUCAUAUGAUUUACAUAGCCAGUUGGAAAAGUCCAUGAAGUGGUGUGAUGAAGGAAUUUACCUACUGGCUUCACAACUUGUAGAUAAAUGCCAGUCCCAAGAUGGAGCAGAAUCAGCUCUACAGGAGAUAGAGAAUUUUUUGGACGCUGGUGCAGGCAAUAAGCUCAAAGAGUUGAACUACUUGUACAAAGAAUAUGAAGCCAUCUUUAACCAAGAAUUAAUGGAGCAUGUGCAAAAAGUAUUUCAGAAGCAGGAGAGCAUGGAAGAAAUGUUUCAAAAAAGACAAGUCAGUCUUAAGAAACUGGCUGCUAAGCAAAUGCGUCCAGUGCAACCAGUGGCACCUAGGCCAGAGGUCUUUGUAAAAUCACAGUGUACGUCUCCAGGCCUUCAAAGAGAAUCUGAAGAGUCAUCUAGCCCCGAAAAUCAUAUGAUCCGGAGAGUAAACUACAGAAGAGCCAAAAGUGAAAUGAAUGAUAUCCAUCAAACCAGAGGUGGAUCAGUGAUGGAUGAUGAUGAAAAUCUAGCUGUGUUACGGAAACAUGUAAUUAAUGAACUUAUUGAAACUGAAAGAGCUUAUGUUGAAGAACUUCUGUGUGUUCUUGAAGGGUAUGCUGCAGAAAUGGACAACCCCUUAAUGGCACAUCUUAUUUCACCAGGGCUGCAGAAUAAGAAAGAUGUUUUGUUUGGAAAUAUGGAAGAAAUCUAUCACUUUCACAACAGAAUAUUCUUGAGAGAACUAGAAAACUACGUAGAAUAUCCAGAAUUGGUAGGAAGGUGUUUCCUUGAAAGGAUGGAAGACUUUCAGGUUUAUGAAAAAUAUUGUCAAAAUAAGCCUCGAUCUGAAAGUCUGUGGAGACAGUAUUCAGACUGUGUUUUCUUUCAGGAGUGUCAGAGAAAACUUGACCAUAAACUGAGUUUGGACUCCUAUUUACUGAAACCUGUUCAAAGAAUAACCAAGUAUCAGCUGUUGCUAAAGGAAAUGCUGAAAUACAGCAAAAAUUGUGAAGGGGCUGAAGAUCUGCAAGAGGCAUUAAUGUCAAUCCUGGGAAUUCUUAAGGCCGUUAAUGAUUCCAUGCACCAGAUUGCUAUCACUGGCUAUGAUGGAAACUUAAAUGACCUAGGAAAGCUUUUAAUGCAAGGAUCCUUUAGUGUGUGGACUGACCAUAAGAAGGGUCACUCAAAAGUGAAAGAUCUGGCACGGUUCAAGCCAAUGCAAAGGCACCUCUUUCUCCAUGAGAAGGCCAUCUUAUUCUGUAAGAAGAGAGAAGAAAAUGGAGAAGGAUAUGAAAAAGCACCAUCAUACAGCUAUAAGCAUUCUUUAGAUAUGACCGCAGUUGGAAUAACAGAGAAUGUUAAAGGUGAUGCUAAAAAAUUUGAAAUCUGGUAUAAUGCAAGGGAAGAAGUUUACAUAAUUCAGGCUCAAACUCCUGGCAUUAAAGCCACCUGGGUAAAUGAAAUAAGAAAAGUAUUGACCAGUCAACUUCAGGCAUGCAGACAAGCCAGCCAGCACAGAGUUCUUGAACAUACACACAGUUUACCUCUGCCUGCAUCAUCGAAUGCAAGUCCUUCAAGAAAUCAAGGAAGGAGUAUCAAAAGACAGGAAGAAAGAAAUGCUGAUCCUGUAAGUUCUGAUGGUUGCAUCACCUCAUCAUCACCAAAAUAUCCUGAAAGGGCAAAAGGCUGGUCUAAAACUUCUCAGUCCCUUGAUGCUUCUGAAGAAAACGAUGGCUGGUCUAGUGCCGAGGACCCACUUAAUUCUUCAGAUGCAGAGGAAGAAGGAAGAGGAGAGAAAAAACUGGCUCCUGGCAGGUACACUGUUAUAGCGGAUUAUGACAAAGGAGGUUCUGAAGACCUGAUGCUGAAAAGUGGAGACUUGGUUCAACUGAUCCAUGAAGGAGAUGAUGGACUUUGGUAUAUUAAAAAUCUGAGCAGAAGUAAAGAAGGUUGGUUCCCAGUUAAUAGUCUUUUGAUGCUUCUUGGCAAUUCAAAAUCUGCUGUGUCUCUGAGCAGCUCAGAAUCUGCAGCUGGUUCAAGUACACUGAGCUCAUCUUCAAGCUACAGUGAAAGUUGCAACGUUAGUAGUACCAGCUACUCGGACAUUAAGGCGUAACAUCAAAGCUCCAUCAAGACUCUUGUGAAGUUAUCAUCUGGUAAUGCAGAUAUUGGACAGUACAUGAAAUACAGAAACAUCUACAUGAAAUACAGAAACAUACAGUACAUGAAAUGCAGAAACAUCUACUUCUGUUUCUUUUGGUUUCUUUCUGUGUUUAAAUGGUAGUUUACAAAAGUAUUCUUAAAGAGACCCAAAUAAACAUCUACAGAAUCCAUCAAGAGCAUGGAGCAAUAGGAAGGAUUGUUGGAAAAAAAGUCUUCUGGAAGUUGCAUGUCGUAAAUCUAUCAUUUUGUUAGAAUUUAAUACACCUUGCUGUAGGUGGUGUGGGAAAAUACUGUGAAGAAACCAGAUUGUAUUUGUUGGUGUAAAUCUGUACAGUAAAACAGGUAUGAGGGUUAAUGUGCAUGGUGGGCAGACAAAAAGAAAUGUGAUCUUUAAGCAAAAGUCUCAAGUGGUAGAUAAAUAAUGUAUGGAAAAUCUUAUACCAUCAGGGGUUUCAGUUUAGAUCUGGCUAUUCUUUCUGACUUUUUUUAACCACUGUGCUUUACAUUGCCCUAGGCUCUGUCACAAACAAAUCUAUGGAGAAAAAAUGAACAAUUCCACUUUUAACAGAGACAAUACUUUAAAGAAAAUAGUCUGUAUCAAUGGCCUUUUUGAGAGGGUUUUUUAAAUCACUAAACCAAAUUCUAUAACAAGGAUAAGUGUUUACAGAAUGCUGACAAUUUGAUAAAGUCUUUGAUAAAAACAAAUCCUAUUUUUUUAAUUACAAAGAAAACCACUGAAACAUGUUUUAUAUUAGUUAAAGUAUUUCUCAACAUUAUCUAAUAUCAUGCACUUGUCAUCAGCACAUAAAAGAUAGCCCCAAACUAAUAAAUGAAACUUUUCUAUUAGCCCUGUGAACUAAACUCCUUCCUGCGGUUAAAGAUUAAGAACUAUGUUUAAAAAGAAACCUUUUAUGAACAGGGUUUUAAUAAAAACUAAGGAAAGCCAUAAACAUGCUGUUUUCAUCAUGUGAAAUAAUGUAAUGUGGUAUAAAUUACUCUCUCUCAAAUCCAUCUUACAAAUGUAAGCAGUUUAUCAAUUCAUUUAUAUCAAGAUGGAUUCUCCCAUAUUUCACAUACUUCUGAAUUCACAUAGAAGUCAUGCCGUUUCUUCCUCAUUCAUAUGUUAUAUAAUGAAAUGCCACUUGGGAAUGGGUGCUGGGCUUUCAGCACUUAGGGCAGUCGUGGUAUGGCAAGAAACAGUUAAUUUGACCUUUUGCUUUCUGAAGUAUAAAUGAAGUCUUCAGGAGUUAGCUUAUGGCUCCGAACUCCAGAAGUAAAUCGGAGCUCACAAUUUACAAUCAAGCUACAACUAUCCCCGGUCAUCAAAAAUUUUUAUAUGUUAUCUGUCCGUUUAUAUGUCUGUGUGUAUGUAUCAAUGUAAAAAGAUGUAUUUAUACUCUUCAGGCUGCUAAAGAUGCCGUUAUGUAAUUAGAAUCCUCUGAAAGGCAGCACUGUGGACGCUGUCCAUGGCUUUACUUUUAAACCCCAUUUCUGGCACAAGACGAUGCAUCUCUUUGAAUAAUGUUACGCAAGCAAGACUGUGCCAGUCAAGGCACAAUCUGUUCUGUUGUGGUAAUUAAAACAGCAAUAGUCUUUGUAACUUAUUUUGUAAAUAUGAAACUAUUCAUCUAUGUUGCUUCAAAACUUGUCCCGCAAUGAAACACUGGAGGCAGCCCUGAGGGCACGUGGGGCUUUGUUCAUAUUCUUGCCAUUCCAUGUAGAGAGCCUGACAAACAAUAAGCUACUCUUUUAUAGAAUUUUUUUUAAGCAGGUUAUUAAUUCUCGGUCUCAUGUGAAGGAGAAGUCCUGGGGGAGGAGGACUAGGGAGAAGGCCCUUGUUCCAAGUCCUGUGCCUUUUCACCUAGCUCCUGACAAUAUCUUCUCCUGUUAAUCACAGGAAUCAUGUAUCAUUGCACUUUAAUACAGCCGACAUUUCAAUUUUCUACUGGUGUUGUAAAUUACUAUUGUAGAAUACAAUGUCUUUAAUGUAUGUAUGGAACUUUGAAUAAAUUUCAGCAUUUCUUGCUGGGGCCUAUUA